CUUUUCUCAACUACUUUUUUUUUUCUGAGUUCUCAGUGUUCCCAGAAUUUCACCCAGACUUUCUGCCAUUCUAACAUUUCUCCAUCAAGCAGGUGAUUCAAAGUCAUGAAAUCAAUAAUUGCAACCCAUAAUGAUGAAAAUGAAAAAGGAGUUCCCACCGAGGAAACUGGGGUUGUUGGGGAAGACAUAAUUAGCAAGUUGCAUGACAGUAUUCUUGGUCACAUUCUGUCUUUCCUUCCAUCAAUGGAGGCAGUUCACUCUAGUUUGUUAUCAAAAAGGUGGAUUCAUGUUUGGACAUCCAUCACAGGCCUUCAGCUCAAUGAUUGUUUCCACUGUGUCGGGAAGAAAAAGAUGCAUAAACAAAAUUUUGAGUGUUUUGUGAACAGAGUGCUUCUUCUUCUUGCCAAUUCAAGAAUCCAAAGUUUCUCUCUUUGUUUAACAUCUUACCAAUAUGAUUCUAGCCAUGUGAAUGCUUGGAUCUCCUCUAUCUUUGAAAGGGGAAUAAAAAACCUUCAUAUUCAGUAUUCCUAUGAAGUCCUCUUUCCCUCUCAUUCCCUCUUCAGUUGCAGCUCUCUGGUACAAUUGGUGCUUCAAAUGAAAUGCACUCUAUGUGUUCCCUUUUUUGCUUCUCUUCCAAAUCUGAAAAUACUUAACAUAUCUGGGAUCAAGUUAGUGGGUGAAUCUUCCACUUAUUCAGAAGACCUAAUUCUUAACCUCCCAGUUCUCCAAGUGCUUGAAGCUAGAGGAUGCGAGUGGCACACUAUGCAGAACAUUAGAAUAGAAGCACCCCUACUUGAAAGGUUUUACAUUGGAAAUUGGAGAUCCCUAUCAGAUGAAGCUUAUAAAUCCUCAGUCAUUGUUUUCGCCCCCAGUUUAACAGAUUUCUCUUAUGAGGGUGAUCUUGAACAGGAUAUCGUUCUGUUGAAUUCAUCAUCAAUUCGUAGUGCAUCUGUAGUGAUUGUUGUUGAUGAAGACAGAAAGGACAGAGUGAAAAAAGUUGGGUAUCAAGCUCAUAAGCUUCUUGCACAAAUCCUUGAAGUGCAAUUAUUGAAAUUACUGUUUUACAAGGUUUUGGUUCAUGCCAGAGAUAUUUUCUCCCAACUACCAGUUUUUGGGAGAUUGACUUAUCUGCAGCUAAAUGAGGUUACUGGUGAAGCUCUGCUGAACAUUCUUCACAGUUCCCCAAUUCUUAAUACACUUGUUCUACAAAAUGGAGUAUCAGAGUUAAAUAAAGAUGUGCUUUUUGCAUCAGUGCCUCAGUGCUUUCUGUGUAGCCUCAAAGUUUUUGAGUUUAAGGAAUUUAAUGUGCAUGAGGCUGAGCUUCUUCUGGCGAAAUUCGUGAUGGCGAAUGCAAAAGUUCUGGAGCAGAUGACUAUAUGUACUGCUUUCUGGCUGCGGUAUUCCGAUAUUGACAUGGAGAGAGUUACGCAGCAGAUACUCUCUUUUCCAAAGUCUUCCAACCUUGCUGUCAUUAAAUGUAUUUCCGUCGAUAAAUUACAUUAGCUUUCAGUAUGGAUGAAAUGGGUAAAAUCUAGAUGGGUUUUCAUAUUUGUAUUUUAAAAAAUAUUUAUAUUUCGUCUCACACCUGACUA